AUGACAAACCUCGAAUCUAAGCCAAUUGGUCCUGGUGACUACGGCUCUUGUCCAGCUUGUAAUAGACAAAAAACAGAUAAAAAUUGGUGCUCUAAAUGUCAUCCAGAAUUAUUACUUAACGAGAACCCAGGCUGGACAAGCGGUUAUAAAGAUUUGGAUGAUUUCAUUAAGCAAACUAUUAGAGAUGCACGUUGCUCUUAUGGUUAUCUCGAAUGGAUCCCAUUCGAGAAUUUUAAAGUUAUUAAAGAAAUUGGUAAGGGAGGAUUUGCCACAGCUUAUUUAGCGACGAGAACCAAUUGUCUGAAUGUUCAUUUUACAUGGGAUGUCAAAAAAAAGAAAUAUUUCCGAGAAAAUUAUAAAGAUUACAAUAUUGCUUUAAAAUGCUUUCAUAAUAAAAAAGGCAUAGCCGAAGCAAUUCUUCAUGAGAUAAAAACUCACCAUGGGUUCAUGAUGCGUCAAGAAAAUGGAUUCCUUCAUUGUUAUGGUAUUAGCAAGAAUCCAAAGACAAAUGAAUUAAUAAUCGUACUAGAUUAUGCACAAGAAGAAUCUGAUAUUUAUCAAGAAUUCAAAACUGCCGAUGAAAAUAUCACAUCUGAGGAUGAUAAUAAGGAUGAAAUAGAAUUCAUGUGCAAAGUCGCGAAAAUUAUAUCA